UAACCAUUUUCCUGAUUGCAAGCUAGUGAGGUUUUUGAUGCGGUAAAAGUGAAGUGAAAAACAAUUUAACUUCGUCACUUUUCACUCAACAAAUCUAGUGUUUCGUAAAUCGUCAUUAAAAGAAUAAUUACAAGAUAAGUGAUAUUGUGUUUAAUCUCGCUAAUCCCGCCACCUUUUGUGGACGACAUUCCUGCCUGUGCUCCAGUUAACUUUUACCUCCAAACCGUGCACCAUGUCCGAAAUCCCCAAAACCCCCGAAAACGGCGAAGCCAAAGUGGAAGUAGUCCAAAAUGAAGAAGAAGAAGAAAAACAAGAGACCAACAAAUGGCUUUUGUGUUUAAAGACAAACUUUUUGACUUUGGCCACAGUUGGCGGUGUUGUAUGUGGUAUAAUCGUGGGGGUUGUUUUGAAAGAGACUGUGGGGUCGUUCUCGAAACGGGAAGUGAUGUAUGUGAGCUACAUAGGGGAUGUUUUUCUCCGAAUGCUCAAAUCGUUGAUUAUUCCACUUAUUGUUUCGUCGCUUGUGUCUGCUAUUGCUAGUCUGGAUUUGUCCCUUUCGGGGAGGAUUGCUGCCAGAGCUAUAGCUUAUUAUUUGACAACGACGUUUUUGGCUGUGGUUUUGGGGAUUGUCUUGGUGGCUUCCAUACAACCUGGAUCGAAUCACGGGGGUGGCAGCAAUAGUGAGAUUAACACGAGUAGUGUUCAAAGAAAUGUGACCACGGUUGAUACUCUCCUCGAUCUUGUAAAGAACAUGUUUCCGCCCAACGUGAUUCAAGCAUGUACACAGCAGCACCGAACCAAUUUGGUACCUCCCAUGAAAACUCCCAAUGAAACAGAUUUAUACAAAUGGGACAUAGAAGAAGAACUUGUAAACGGAACAAACAUUUUGGGUUUGGUUGUCAUUGCAAUAGUCGUCGGUAUUGCUCUCGCUCAACUCGGAGAAGAGACAAAAACUUUAGCAAAUUUUUUCCAUAAUUUAAUGGCACUUUCUAUGAGAAUCACAACGUGGAUUAUAAGACUGUCACCUGUCGGAAUUUUAUUUUUGGUGACAGCUAAAAUAAUGGAAAUGGAGGAUAUGGCAAUGGUGUUGAGUCAGCUAGGAUUGUAUUUUGCAACAGUAAUGGCAGGCCUUCUUAUUCAAGGAUUUGUAGUUUUACCUUUGAUUUAUUUUGUUCUUACGAGGAAAUCGCCGAUUACAUAUCUGGUUAAUAUGAGCCAAGCCGUAGCAACGGCGUUUGGAACCGCGUCAAGUUCUGCUACUCUUCCGAUAACGAUUCAAUGUCUCGAAGAGAAGAAUGGAAUUGAUCCUCGAGUUGCCCGGUUUGCAUUGCCCAUUGGUGCAGCCAUAAAUAUGGAUGGGACUGCACUUUAUGAAGCCAUCGCUGCAAUUUUUAUUGCACAAGUGCGAGGGGUAGAUUUAUCAAUUGGUAGUUACAUAGCUAUCAGUAUAACUGCCACUGCUGCCAGUAUAGGGGCUGCUGGUAUUCCACAAGCAGGACUUGUUACCCUUGUUAUGGUCCUGGACACUGUUGGACUUCCUGCAGAAGAUGUGUCUUUGAUACUGGCGGUUGACUGGCUUUUAGAUCGGUUUCGGACGGCCAUUAAUGUGAUGGGAGAUGCAUAUGGGGCUGGGAUUGUCCAUUUCCGAAGUAAAAAGGAACUCCAAAAUUUAUAAAUUGACACAUUUAGGCCUAAUAAAGACUUACACAACA